AUGCAUCAACUACGUGCCACCGUCCUCGCCCUGGCCGGCCUCGCUCUCGAGCGAGCGUCUGCCGCCGUGCCAAACCUCACGUCGUCGUGCCAGAUCCGGUGUUAUGACCUGACGGCCGACAUGGUCGGGUGUGGAGUUGACGACUACCGCUGCCACUGCGACAUCUUUGACUCGGCGUUCGUGCCACAGAUGCAAUCCUACGCCACGGAGCUCAAAGAAACCGUUUGCUCUCUGGCAGACCCAACGGAUUCCGCGGAGCCUGGCGACGCCAAUGAAGAGGGCGCGGCAUCAGCUUUACCAGUCAUGACUGCGGGGGUUGCGGCAGGCAUCCUGGCUGUGGUCAUGGCUGGAGGGUUCCUCUUCUAA